UCAUAGACAUUCUAUUUUCCAUCUGCGUGGGUUUGCGCCGAGUGUCUCGUGCAAGCCUAAAAUGCCCGCUUCUCCAACGGCGGUUUCCGCCGAUACCUACUCCUCUGGUGGUUCAUCGCUGCCGUCGCCAUCAGCACCAGACGCUCGGAAGCGGCGGGUUAGCUACUUCUACGAGCCUUCUAUAGGCGACUACUACUACGGGCAAGGGCAUCCGAUGAAGCCCCAUCGAAUCCGUAUGGCUCACAAUCUCGUCGUCCACUACCGCCUUCACCAUCUCAUGGAGGUGUGCCGCCCCUACCCCGCCUCUGCUGCUGAUAUCCGCCGAUUCCAUUCUGAGGAUUACGUCGACUUCCUUGCCUCCAUCACUCCCCAAUUCCUUGCCGCCUCAGCCUCCACUUUCGGUUCCAGCGUUGCUGAUGAUGGCAACAGUGUCCACCCGUUCGAGUCCUCGUCGUCUCGGCAGCUCCGACGUUUCAACGUCGGCGAGGACUGCCCGGUCUUCGAGGGCCUUUUCGAGUUCUGCCAGGCCUCCGCCGGUGGAUCCAUCGGCGCUGCCGUCAAGCUCAACCGUGGUGACGCCGACAUCGCCAUCAACUGGGCCGGGGGGCUCCACCAUGCCAAGAAGUGCGAGGCUUCGGGUUUCUGCUACGUGAACGACAUUGUCCUUGGGAUCCUCGAGCUCCUCAAGUUUCACAAGCGUGUACUCUAUGUAGACAUUGAUGUCCACCAUGGUGAUGGUGUUGAAGAGGCUUUCUAUACAACUGAUAGGGUCAUGACUGUCUCUUUCCAUAAAUUUGGGGACUUCUUUCCAGGAACUGGUCAUAUUAAAGAUGUUGGUUUUGGCACUGGAAAAUAUUAUGCUUUAAAUGUUCCACUGAAUGAUGGAAUUGAUGAUGAAAGUUUCCAGGGAUUAUUUAGACCUCUGAUUUCGAAGGUCAUGGAAAUCUAUCAACCAGAUGCUGUAGUUCUCCAGUGUGGUGCGGAUUCGUUGGCCGGGGACCGGUUAGGUUGCUUCAAUUUGUCUGUGAGGGGGCAUGCGGAUUGCUUAAGGUUUCUUAGAUCUUUUAAUGUACCUCUUAUGGUUUUGGGUGGUGGUGGCUAUACAAUGCGAAAUGUUGCUCGUUGCUGGUGCUAUGAGACGGCAGUUGCAGUUGGAGUUGAGCCAGAUAAUAAGUUGCCUUAUAGUGAAUAUUAUGAGUACUUUGGCCCUGAUUAUACCCUUCACAUUGAACCGAAAAAUAUGGAAAAUAAGAACUCCCUGAGUGAUCUGGAAAAAAUCAGAAAUGUGCUAUUGGAGCACCUUUCAAGGCUACAACAUUCUCCUAGUGUUCCAUUCCAGGAUAGACCACCAAAGACAGAGUCUCCUGAAGAGGAAGAGGUGGAUAUGGAUCAGAGGCCAACAUGCAAACUUUGGGAUGGCGAGAGUUAUGACUCUGAGCCCGAGGAUCUGGCUCCACACUAUGGUGAUAUUGUGGAAAGUCAUUCUACACCAAGUCAUGACAAAACUGAAAAUACAGCAGGCAGUGUUGUGACUAUAUUCAAACUAAAUUCCUCUCACUGAUGAAUUGUAUGGAGCUUUUCUGGUCGACACGGUUUCCUCAAAAGCAUUUUCCUCCAUUAAACUUCGAAAUCCAGCUUGUUAAUUCGUCUUCUUACAUGCCUAUAAUUUCAUUAAGACAGGUUUUGGCAUGUUCCUGUAGCACUCAAUGUGCACUCCUUGUUGUUCAAUUAGAUUUUCUGUAGCAAUGAAGGUUGUAGGUACUUGUUGUUCUUUAAGUGGGCAUAAAAACCAGCUAAGUUAUUUGAGGGGUCAUACCAAAGUGUAGAUAUGAACAGCUUUUAACUUGAGAGAACAAAAUUGUCUUGCACAUUCAUAUUAUUUUAUUUCUAGCUAGUUCCUUUCUUAAUCGAUAAAAAUUGAAGUACUAA